UGUCUUGUUACAUAUGAUUUCAUCCUGCUAUUAAUUUCUUUUCGUGGCCGGAGCUUUUUGAGCAGAUGACUUUUGUGGAAGGUCUAACAGGGAACUGGAACACUAGCGUAAGCAACAAUGGAAGUUAUGCUUUCAGUACUAUGACAGAAAAUAAUAGAAAAAGAUCCAGAGAAGAUGACACUUGCGAGUUCAUGCCGCUAUCUAAGCGGAUCAACAACUUGCACAUAAACAAUAAUUUGGGAAACAGAAGCAGCGCGCAUAUGCCAGAAUCUAGUCAUGUCAAUGGUAUUAAUACAGACAAUGGAAUCUCUUCUCCAAGUUCGUCUUCAGACUCCGAAAGAAGACCCUCCUAUGAUCCAGGAAUAAAUUCCUCACAAAGCAGUUAUUAUUAUGAUAAUAAGUUAUUGUUCGAAUUACAUUUGGAAAGAGUUCAAAGAACAGGACAACAGUUUCCAUUUUAAAUCUAAUCUUUGUGAAAUGCGAGUUUCGGUUUGUUGUGUGUGUCAAUUCAUUAUUAUUAUUGUUAUGCUUAUUGUAUACUGAUUAUGUCAUAAUCUCUAGCAUUAAAGUUUGUAUUUUUAAACUUAC